GGGGUGGGGCUGUGCUGGUGACGGACGCGGAAGUUGCGCGGUGUGAGUGGUGAGUGAGGAGUCACGAUGAGAGGCGCAGUGAGGAGGCGGCAGCCUCCAGCACCACAGCCCCGAGCACAGAUAAAGAAUGCGAAUGAAGUUCUUCCCUCAGAAGUCAGACCAGCCUCAGUUCCCGAGUCAAGUUUCUGUUCCCGAUUCCUCUCGGUUGCAAAGUACUUCCUUCUUGUCUUUGUGAUUCCACCAUUCCUUAAUUAUGCAUCUCUGCAGAGAGAAGGAACCUUACUUCAGCCUCAAGAAGGCAAACUGGUCGACAUUGGCCUGGGACAAAGUUUGUAUUUGAAUUGCCAAGGAAAGGGGCAGCCAGUUGUGGUAUGUGAUGCACCUGCUGGCAUGUCUUCUGAUGUGUGGCUCUUGAUUCAAAAGGACAUCUCUCAAUUAGUACAGGUAUGUAUAUAUGACAGAGCUGGACUUGGAUUUAGUAAGAAAAUGUUUCAAAACGAAACAACAGGCCUGGAAAAGAUGUGGAGAGAGUCAACGACUGGAAGAAUGGUGGAUGACCUGCACAGGCUUGUCAAAGAGGCUAAGAUUGAGAGCCCUUUUAUUUUUGUGGGCUCAGAGCUCGGGGCACUCAACGCAAGAUUCUAUGCCCAUAUUCAUGACUGGGAGAUUUCUGAGCUUGUCCUUAUCGAUCCGUUCCCAGAAGAUCUUUUUGUGGAAAACGUCUGGCUGGACUACUGGUACAAAGAUCUGGUCUCCUACCUUCAGACACUGCAGUUCUCUGCUGCUGCUGGUUUAAAUAGAAUGUUUUUAAUCACGGGAAUGAUGCAGCAACCAGUCACAGGAGAGAAUAUUUCUGUGGAGCUGGCCCAACGACAGAAAUACCUGUUGAGUAAUCCAGCCCAUCUCAGUGCCGCUGUGGAUGAACACUUCUUCAUUAAUGAGAGCGUCUCCCAAGUCCGAGAUAUUUCAAAGUUUAAACCACUAUCCAGUAGGACGACUGUAACUGUGAUCACAGGAGAUCAUCACGAUGAGCAGCUUCCUGUCUCUUUGAAUAAGGUUGUGGCACAGUUUCAGCAGCAAUUCAUUGAGCAGACGUAUCCCUCAGCGAAAUGGAUCAAAAUUAAAGGGAUGGACAGACGAAUGAUCUACAGAAAUCCCAGUGAGGUUGCUAAACAUUUGAAGAAACUGAUCAAUAGAAAUAAACCCAGAAAGGAGAGCCAGUAGUGGAGAGGCAACAUGAUAAGCAACUACCACAUUGUUGGGAGAAGAAUGGUGUCAUUUGGAAUCUAAUAAUUGAGCUUUACUGAAUAUUGAAGGUGACCCAACAUUGUGGAGUCCUGUAGCUCAGUGGUUAGAGCACUCGCCUCACAAGA